AUGGACCCAUUUACAGCAUUGGGUGUUGCGGGCAACAUCGUUCAGUUUGUAGAUUUCGCUGCCAAAUUGAUCUCAAAAAGUCGAGAGAUUUAUCAUUCCGUGGAUGGCGCUUCAUCUCAGCAUCUCGAUCUCCAAGAAAUUGCCAGUAACCUAAAUCGAUUAAAUGGGCGACUUCAAGAGGAUCUCCGUCACCAGAUUGUCUCAACGACCGCAUAUCCUUCCCUCGGACAUGGAGGUUCAGGACGAGCUGAGAAAGAGCUUGGAGUGAUCAACACAAAAUGUGCAGAAGAAGCUGGAAAACUGAUUUCUGCUCUAAAAGUUAUCAGGGUUAAGGGAAGCAUAAGAAGUGGAACAGCUUUCGGCAAGCCCUCCUGA